AAAACCCAUUUUUAAAAUAAAUUACUGGAUGCAACUUUAAGAGAGAGAAGGAUCGAGCGAGCUAGCGAUAGAGAUAGAUAUGCAGGAUAUUAUUUAUUUAUUUAUUUUUAACCAGACAUAUAUAUGCAGCCCAUUAAUUAUUAUUAUUUUUUUAACCAUCGAAGCGGGUGCCAUAUACGGAAAGAAGAAAGCAGGCUGGUCGAGUUGACGCCCAGCUCUAACGCAACAGUUAUGCUGAUGUUGCUAGGUGGGGUUCUCUGAGCAUAAAUAGAGCUGAAGACUUUCCUCUUGCUCGUUUGCUGUGCAUUCGGUGUUGGUUUAGCUGUUGACUUCCAGGUGCCAAAAUGUCCUUCAUUAAUGCUUUUCUGGAGCAGCUUUCCUAUCAAGGCAUUCAAGACAACACCGCACAAGAAAUCAGCGGGGGACAGGGCACAGUGAAGCCCUUUGCUCAGUUUAAUGCAGCUGCGGAUGCAACUGUCUUGGACAAGGCUAUUAAGACCAAAGGUGUGGAUGAGCUCACAAUCAUUGAAACGCUGGUCCGCAGGAGCAAUGCCCAGCGCCAGCAAAUCAAGGCCGCUUACCAGCAAGCAAUUGGCAAGCCUCUGGAUGUAAACUUGAAAGCUGCUCUUAAAGGUGAGCUGGAAGAAGUGGUUCUGGCCCUGUUGAUGACCCCAGCUCAGUAUGAUGCCUUUCUUCUCAAAGGUGCCAUGAAGGGUUUGGGCACAGAUGAAGAAACCCUCAUCGAGAUUUUGGCCUCUAGGACUAAUCAAGAGAUCCGAGAGAUCAAACAGGUUUACAAACAAGAAUAUAAGAAGGAUCUAGAGGCGGAAAUCAAGUCUGAGACAAGUGGAGACUUCAGGAAUGCCCUGCUUGCUCUCUGCAAGGCUUCCAGAAGUGAAGACCGGUCUGUGCAAGAGGAGUUGGCUGACAAAGAUGCCAGGGCCUUGUACGAAGCAGGAGAGAAAAGAAAAGGCACAGACUGUGGCGUGUUCAUUGACAUCCUCACUUCACGGAAUGCUUGUCACCUGAGGAGAGUGUUUCAGCUGUACUCCAAGUACAGUAAAGUGGAUGUCGCAAAAGCCAUUGAUCUGGAGUUGAAGGGUGAUAUUGAGCAGUGCUUGAUUGCUGUUGUGAAAUGUGCUGGAAACAAGUCUGCUUUCUUUGCUGAAAAACUAAAUCAGGCAAUGAAGGGCUCUGGUUAUAAAGGCAAGAUCUUGACCAGAAUAAUGGUGGGCCGCUCUGAGAUUGACUUGGCCAAAAUCAAGCAAGAGUACCAGAAUAAAUUUGGCAAGAGCCUCUACCAGGACAUCCAGGAUGACACCAAAGGAGACUAUGAGACGAUCCUGCUAGCCUUGUGUGGGAAUUAAUUGGAUUCAAUGAAUGUAUACAAACGAAGACCCACCAGCUGUAUGAAUCAUACAACCCAUAUAAACAACUGUAGUAUAAUGAAAAGCAUUUUUGAUAAAUAAAAACUUGACUAAA